AAUGAUUUGUUUGAAUGAGGUUCAGACAUGUGUGUGCGUGCACUGAAGGCCUAUAUCUACAAGGAAUAAAAUACCAAUGGAAAGACGUGAGAAAAAUGUGGAGAAUAUAGGCUAUGAAGUCAUCAAACUCCCUGAAUGGCAACAUUUGUUGCAAACUAGACAAAAUCCGUAUCAUGUGUGCAACAUGCUCUGCGUGAUUUGCAACAUUGUGAACAGUGACAUUGUAUCCAUUGAAACCACAUGCAUGCCGCACCUUGUGUGUGUGGAUUGUAUUUCGGUGGCAACAGCGCCACCCUUGUGUGUCAAGCGGUGUUUGCGUCGCUCAUGUCGUUGCUCUUGACUACGCAAAGCGGCGACGGUGACAGGGUUGGGUAGAGAAGGAGAGGGGGAGGUGCACCCCACAGUACACCCAUUACUAUGGAAACAGGUAAACUGUACGAACGCUUCAAGAACAAAGUGACAUGUACUGGUAAUCCUAUGGACAAGAUACGAAUACAUAACACUGAGGAUUCGUGAUUGGGAUGAUAACUAUGCUUCCUCAUGCAUCAGAGGCCGGAGGAGAUUGAUGAUCUGACGUGUUGCUGACUUGUAGCAGCUGAAAGAUGUCCUUUGCACCAAGGACCUCACUAACCUCGGCCAAGAUGCAGACCAAAAUGAGUGCCUGGACACCUCUUAACCACCAGCUGUCUAAUAACAAUGUGUUUGAAGAGCGAAGAAACCUGCUGGGAAAAUGGUUUGACAAGUGGGGCGACGGCCAGAGGAAGGCGGUUCUACAGGACUUUUUCUCGCGGUGUUCAGUGGGCCAGCUGCGUUUCCUCCGUCAGAACCUGACCAAGAGGGUUCCAGAGGAGAACCUAGACUUCACCUCUGUCCUGCCCAGAGUUCUCUCUCUCUAUGUCUUCUCUUUCCUCGACCCCAGGAGUCUUUGCAGGUGUGCACAGGUGAGUUGGCACUGGAAGGGUAUAGUUGAGUUGGACCAGCAAUGGAUGCCCAAGUGUCUUAAACUGGGCUGGUGCAUCAACUUUGCCCCCACACCAUUUGAACAUGGGGUCUGGAAGAGACACUACAUAGAGACAGUACUGGAGCUCCACAUCGGCAAACCUAAGACUCUAUCACAGCAGGAGUUCAUUGUCCCUGAGGUGACGUCCAUAAACAGUGUGACGUUUGACCAAUCAGAGAGCUUCCUCAGAGAGGUCCAGCGAGAGAGGAGCGGUGGCGGCACCACGAGGGGGUCAGGAGGGUCCCAGCUGAAGGGGCUACCCCCGUGGAGGGGUGCAGACAGACACCCCACUGACACCGUGCGAUUCAAUUAUCUGGAAAAUCUGGACCCCAUAGAGCACGCCCACCAAGCAAAAGUGAAGAGCAGAGGGGUCUUCAACACUGACAAUGAAAAGAAGAAAGAGCUGUCUGCAUUCAAUUAUAAACUGCGCAAGGCAAAGUCAUUGAUGUUCCUGUCCUUGGACCUGACUCCAGGUUUGGGUUCUGGAGCAGGACAGCAGAAGCAGAACCGGUUCCGCCCCCAAUGGGCCACACAGAGCCUAGAGUACCCUGUCACCAAGGCAACAGCCAAGAGCCUGUCGCGGUCGAGCCAAUGGAACGCUGGGAUACGACCUGGUCCUGUGAGGUCAGCGGUGCCCAGGCUCAGUCAGGAAGGACUGAGGGCAUCAAUGAGGACAAACAGGAGUACUCCUAGUUAGAAACAUCUUUCCUUCCUYUCUCCCUCCCUUCCUUCCUCCUUUUCUACUUUCCUACUUUCCUUAAAUCUGUCCAUCGCAGAGGACACACAGGACCACGCCUAGUAAGACAAUAGAUGACCAAUCCUUUCAAUGUACAUUCUUGGUUGAACUAUAACAGAAUGAGCUCUCCAUCAAAAAGGAAACUUGUGUCCAAGGAAACACGUGACAUUACAUUCUUACUCAAUUAAUGCUUUCUUUCAUCGCGUGAAUGUUCUGUAUGAUGUAUAACUGACUUACAUGGUUUGGGGUUUCAGCAACACCACUGUUUGAGGGACAGCCUUGGAGGAUACAAGUGAACUAUAUCGCCACCCUGUGGAGCACGUUAUUACUGUAGCACAGACAGAACACAGCAGCGGUUCUCAACUGGAGUUCUCAACUGGAGUCUGACCAAUGUCCCCYCCCC